AUGACCUCCUGCCCGUCGUCAAGUGUAUCUAGAGUGGCAAUCUACUCGUCACAAUGUACAAAGACACGAGUGAAUCAAGGUGAGUUGAACCUGGGUCAUCUGGAACUUUCAUGCGCGGCACACUUCAGUCGAAGUGACAAAGCACUCUUCGGUUUCGCCGAAUACUUCAGGAAGGCAGCAACGGAGGAGCGCAAUCGCGCACAUAUAUUGGUAGACAUGAUUAAUAAACGUGAUGGAACAGUUAAUAUGAGUUCAGUCGGCGAUGGAAGUUCACUUUCUAUGGGAGGGAUAGACGCAUCUCAAGCCUUGGAUCAGGUUAUCAAAAAGGUAGAUGAAGUUGCUCUCGAACUUGAACAACUCUACCAUAGUGCACUUAUUGCAAAAGACGCUUACGUACAGAGUAGACUUGUUCAAUUUAUGGAGGACCAAGUGGAGACAGUCGACAAGUUUAAAGCCCUCAAGGCUAGAUUGCGCAGCGUAUGCUACUUCUACGGUAUGCCGACAUUUUUCACACUUUUAUUUCUUGUUGCACUUGUCUGCACAAGUCAUGUUGUUGGCCAAAAGCCACUUAGUACUGAGUUGGAGAGAGCACUGAAUGAUCAGAUUACACUUGAAUAUGAAGCAUUCUAUAUCUACGACCAACUUAGCGCCUUCUUUAGCCGAAGUGAUAAAGCUCUCUACGGUUUUGCCGCCUACUUCAAACAUGCAGCUUCCGAGGAGCGUGAACAUGCCCAUGAGAUAACCAACUUGGUGAACAAGCGAUUUGGAACAAUCUUUUACAAGGAUAUUAAAAGUGGAAGCAACAAAUAUAAAUUGGAUAGCGCCGUGGGCGCCUUGAAAAUAGCGCUUCAAAAAGAAGUUGAAGUAUCUAAUACCUUCCAGGCAAUUCUUGACCAAGCAGCAAAAGAUAACGACGUUCACAUCCAAGAUCAACUUCAACACUUCGUGAACGAGCAGGUGGACGCUAUCUACAAUUUGAAGGCGCUAAUCACCCGAUUAGAAGGCAAAGGAAGUAGUGUUGAGUUUCUCUUGGAUCAGGAACUCAAAAAUACGCCUUCUAUGCAUUAA